AUGCUCCUACUGCAGCUACGGGACAUCCAGGAUGCACAGAAUCAGCGCAGCGCCGAAGAGGUUGCUGCCUCCAAGCCUCUGGCGGAGGUGCUGAGGGACGCCAAGGAGGCCAAGGAGUCGGCCUUCCAAGAAACAUGGAAGCAGAUGAAGACGGGCAAAAACCGCCCUUUGGAUGAGGAGGAGCUGGAGUUCUUCGACGCCGUUGCGGAGGCGGAAGCCCUGAAGCGACGGCGGGAGCAGGAGGAGGAGGCGGCGGAGCUGGACUCCUUCCGCCGGCUGCGUCAGGAGCAGGAGGAGGGUCUGCGCUCUGACCCCCCCGGCACCGGCCCCCGGCUGCCCCAGAAGAGGGGCCUGGGCGCAGUCCUCAAGCCAAUGCUCCGGCGCGUCGUGCGAAAGGAGGAUGACGCGGCCGACCCUCCGGCCGCCUCCGACCCAGAGGGCGACACCGGCCUGGCUGGGCUCCUGGGCGGCUAUGCCAGCAGCGGCGACGAGGGUGCGGGCGACUUGGCCUGA